AUGGAUGGGAGAGGAGGUGUGGAAGAAAUUAACGGUACAUUGGAAUUCCUCCAAGUUCAAAAAGUAUCUGCAAUAAAUAAAAGAAACCAUUGUUCUAUGGAUGAUGCAUCUCUUCACACUGGAGGAUCUAUUCCUCAUCGUUUGCAUUGGAAAAGAAUUAAAAAGGAAAAGGGUGCUGAUCCAUCGUUGACUGAGUUUUAUUUUAGCACCUAUCAAAGAAAGGGUCAAAGUUGGGGGAUGUUCACGCUGAAUCUGCAUAUGUAA